GCCCUGAUGCACACAGUAGGAACAGGUUAAGUUACAUAGUAGACCACAGUGCAUCUCCGAAUGGCACAAGGCGUUAUCCAAACAGGUUACGUUACAUAGUAGACCACAGUGCAUCUCCGAAUGGCACAAGGCGUUAUCCAAACAGGUUAAGUUACAUAGUAGACUACAGUGCAUCUCCGAAUGGCACAAGGCGUUAUCCAAACAGGUUACGUUACAUAGUAGACCACAGUGCAUCUCCGAAUGGCACAAGGCGUUAUCCAAACAGGUUAAGUUACAUAGUAGACCACAGUGCAUCUCCGAAUGGCACAAGGCGUUAUCCAAACAGGUUAAGUUACAUAGUAGACCACAGUGCAUCUCCGAAUGGCACAAGGCGUUAUCCAAACAGGUUAAGUUACAUAGUAGACUACAGUGCAUCUCCGAAUGGCACAAGGCGUUAUCCAAACAGGUUACGUUACAUAGUAGACCACAGUGCAUCUCCGAAUGGCACAAGGCGUUAUCCAAACAGGUUAAGUUACAUAGUAGACCACAGUGCAUCUCCGAAUGGCACAAGGCGUUAUCCAAACAGGUUAAGUUACAUAGUAGACCACAGUGCAUCUCCGAAUGGCACAAGGCGUUAUCCAAACAGGUUACGUUACAUAGUAGACCACAGUGCAUCUCCGAAUGGCACAAGGCGUUAUCCAAACAGGUUACGUUACAUAGUAGACCACAGUGCAUCUCCGAAUGGCACAAGGCGUUAUCCAAACAGGUUACGUUACAUAGUAGACCACAGUGCAUCUCCGAAUGGCACAAGGCGUUAUCCAAACAGGUUACGUUACAUAGUAGACCACAGUGCAUCUCCGAAUGGCACAAGGCGUUAUCCAAACAGGUUACGUUACAUAGUAGACUACAGUGCAUCUCCGAAUGGCACAAGGCGUUAUCCAAACAGGUUACGUUACAUAGUAGACCACAGUGCAUCUCCGAAUGGCACAAGGCGUUAUCCAAACAGGUUACGUUACAUAGUAGACCACAGUGCAUCUCCGAAUGGCACAAGGCGUUAUCCAAACAGGUUAAGUUACAUAGUAGACCACAGUGCAUCUCCGAAUGGCACAAGGCGUUAUCCAAACAGGUUACGUUACAUAGUAGACCACAGUGCAUCUCCGAAUGGCACAAGGCGUUAUCCAAACAGGUUACGUUACAUAGUAGACCACAGUGCAUCUCCGAAUGGCACAAGGCGUUAUCCAAACAGGUUACGUUACAUAGUAGACCACAGUGCAUCUCCGAAUGGCACAAGGCGUUAUCCAAACAGGUUACGUUACAUAGUAGACUACAGUGCAUCUCCGAAUGGCACAAGGCGUUAUCCAAACAGGUCUGGACGGGGUCGAUUGCUACCAUGUUUCCAAACGUCGUCUUUCUAAUAUCGUGAUCUUGUUUUGCUCAUGACCUUUGACGUCGCUCUCUUGUGACGGUGAAGUUGUCGUUGUUUUAACGCACCGCUAGCUUCCACCUCCACGCUGCUUGAGAAAGACCUGUUGCUUUAUAUUCCACUACAAGGUCAUGUAGCCCUUCGUACUGCUUGAGAAAGACCUGUAGCUUUAUAUUCCACUACAAGGUCAUGUAGCCCUUCGUACUGCUUGAGAAAGACCUGUUGCUUUAUAUUCCACGGUCAUGUAGCCCUUCGUACUGCUUGAGAAAGACCUGUGGCUUUAUAUUCCACUACAAGGUCAUGUAGCCCUUCAUACUGCUUGAGAAAGACCUGUUGCUUUAUAUUCCACUACAAGGUCAUCUAGCCCUUCGUACUGCUUGAGAAAGACCUGUUGCUUUAUAUUCCACUACAAGGUCAUGUAGCCCUUCAUACUGCUUGAGAAAGACCUGUUGCUUUAUAUUCCACUACAAGGUCAUCUAGCCCUUCGUACUGCUUGAGAAAGACCUGUAGCUUUAUAUUCCACUACAAGGUCAUCUAGCCCUUCGUACUGCUUGAGAAAGACCUGUUGCUUUAUAUUCCACUACAAGGUCAUGUAGCCCUUCGUACUGCUUGAGAAAGACCUGUUGCUUUAUAUUCCACUACAAGGUCAUGUAGCCCUUCGUACUGCUUGAGAAAGACCUGUUGCUUUAUAUUCCACUACAAGGUCAUGUAGCCCUUCGUACUGCUUGAGAAAGACCUGUAGCUUUAUAUUCCACUACAAGGUCAUGUAGCCCUUCGUACUGCUUGAGAAAGACCUGUUGCUUUAUAUUCCACUACAAGGUCAUGUAGCCCUUCGUACUGCUUGAGAAAGACCUGUUGCUUUAUAUUCCAAGGUCAUCUAGCCAUCUAAAUGAACAGAUACAUACUAGUGUUAUUUAUAAUAGUGUUUGGGCUCCACUGGUUACCCUUUUCUCACGGAAAUGGGACACACAUCUUCCUGCUGUGAUUGCACACAGUUUAUCAAAGUUUCAUUUGUUUUCAAAUCCUUUGUGGAUCUGUGUAAUCUGAGGGAAAUGUGUCUCUAAAAUGGUCGUACAUUUGGCAGGAGGUUAGGAAGUGCAGCUGUUUCCAUCUCAAUUUGUGGGCAGUGUUCACAUAGCCUGUCUUCUCUGCCUUUCCCAAUAGGAGUCUGUACAUAGUCAAAGAUUUCCUUAAGUUUGGGUCAGUCACAGUGGUCAGGUAUUCUGCCUCUGUGUACUCUCUGUUUAGGGCCAAAUAGCAUUCUAGUUUGCUGAGGCUUUUUGGUUAAUUAUUUCCAGUGUCAAAUAGUUAUCUUUUUGUUUUCUCAUGCUUUGGUUGGGUCUUAUUGUGUUACUGUCUAUUUCUUUCUUUCUUUCUUUCUUUCUUUCUUUCUUUCUUUCUUUCUUUCUUUCUUUCUUUCUUUCUUUCUUUCU